CUUGCGACUACUGGUAGUGUGUAUACAGACGCGUUGAGACGCGUCCCACACCUCAGCCAUGUCUUUCUUCUCAUCGAACACGAAUGGAGCCGGAAAUUCCAAUGUGGCCGACAAAGAUAUCGAACUUACCGACCCGCCUCCCGACUCCGUAUCGAGCAUGGCGUUCUCGAACCAGGCAGACUUCCUAGCAGUGGGCAGUUGGGACAACAGUGUUCGCGUCUAUGAAAUUGGUCAGCGCGGCGCUAGUCAAGGCAAAGCCAUGUAUCAACAUCAGGGUCCCGUCCUGAGCGUUUGCUGGUCACAAGACGGUUCAAAGAUCCUCUCCGGUGGGACUGAUAACGCAGGUCGGAUGUUCGAUGUCGCCACUGGCCAGUCAUCCCAAAUAGCCCAACACGACGCGCCAGUCAAGGCUGUGCGAUGGAUCGAGUCUCCUGGAGGUGGGAUAGUUGCUACGGGAAGCUGGGACAAGACCGUGAAAUACUGGGACCUGCGCUCGUCAAAUCCUGUUGCAACGGUCCAGCUCGCGGAGCGCUGCUACAGUAUGGAUGUUCAGUAUCCGCUCAUGGUCGUAGGGACUGCUGAGCGGCACAUCCAGAUAUUCAAUCUCACCAAUCCUACCACCGUCUUUAAGACGCUACAAUCACCUCUCAAGAUGCAAACACGCGUCGUCAGUUGCUUCAAAGCUUCCGAAAAGCAGGGCUUUGCCGUUGGAAGCAUCGAGGGGCGUGCCGCCUUCCAGUAUAUUGAAGACAAAGACUCCUCAAACAAUUUCUCAUUCCGUUGCCACCGCGUCGAAGUGACACCCAACAACAAGAACAACAUCAACGUGUUCGCGGUGAACGAUAUAUCAUUCCACCCUGUGCAAGGGACAUUCAGUACCUGUGGGGGAGACGGAUCUAUCGGUUUCUGGGAUAAGGAUGCGCGUAUCCGGCUCAAGACAUUUGAUACGCAGCCUGGCCCGAUUUCCAGCACUGCGUUCAGUCGAGACGGGUCGAUCUUCGCAUACAGCAUCUCGUAUGACUGGCAUAAGGGGCACGGUGGAAUGACAACAGGACAUCCCAAUAAGAUUAUGUUGCAUGCCUGCAAGGAAGACGAGGUGAAGAAGAGACCCCCGAAGAAGUAGUCAAGGAUACUGGACCGAUUGCCAAUGCCAUGCUUUCUUUUAGAGCCGCGAGUACCAGAGUCGCGACCUUUACGCAGUAGAGGGAAAUUGAUUGGUCGACGGCCCAGAAUCAAAGCGAAUUUCAUGCACAUACAUGCUCUAUACCAGUCGAUAUAAUAAAGAGUUCC